ACCAAUGUAUACCCCAUUUUUAAAAACAUAUUAUCGUCGAGAUGCUCAUUAUUUAUCCCCUGAACAGAUCGAAGAAAUUAGGGAGCUCAAAGACAAAGUUCCUAUGUAUAAAGUAGUUGGUGAUUAUCACAUACGUAAAGAGCGU